GCAAGAGUCAACUGUCACUCCGACUGAGGCGUAUAUCUUCAAGGCUUUCUCCUGGCUGGCUCAGGCUCCUUGCUGGCAAGAGAGGUAUUCUUCGAUCCCAUAUCCAUUUAUUCCCCCCAUUUUGUCCGCCACGCAUCCGCCCAACCUCCAUCCCUCGAUUCUCCCCAGCUUAUGCGCGCAUAUAGUUGUCUUAGUCUACCCUACGUAUACGCUCCCGUCCAUCACGAUCUCACCGGUCAUACUUUAUCCAUACGCCUCUCGCCAGCGCUGGUGAGCUUGAACCACCAUGGUUUUCCGGCCUAUUUCGUUAUUAUCCGCAAGUACCCUGGUAUUUGCCGCUCUCGGCGUCGGAGUACAUGCGGCAGUUCCAACCACCAGUGGCGCCUCUACAACUCCAUCGCUCGCAGCAUCAACUACCCCGACCGCUUCAUAUAACCCAACAAGCUCGGGUUCCCCUGAAAAUGACGACGAUAACGGGGAAUGCCGGCUGCUGGGGCCGUUUUCACUCGUUGUCCAGGCUGCCCUCGGAAUGCUGGCUCUGUUAUCGCUUGUCUACAAGCGAUGGAGAGAGCGCCCUCAACGGCCCGUGAAAGUGUGGGCAUUCGAUGCCUCGAAGCAAGUGUUUGGCUCAUCUAUGCUGCAUCUUCUCAAUCUCGUUAUGUCCAUGUUUUCUGCCGGGCAGUUUGAGAUCACAAGAAAAUAUAAACCAAAUCCAUGCUCCUUCUAUUUGCUGAAUCUGGGCAUCGACACUACGCUCGGCAUCCCAAUUUUGAUCUUCAUCCUCCAUUUUCUGAACCGCUUGGCGGUAUAUACUCCUCUCGCAAACCCUCCAGAGUCUAUUGAAUCAGGGAACUAUGGAGAUCCACCGCGCUUCGGAUGGUGGUUUAAGCAGUCUAUAAUUUACUUUAUGGGCCUUCUAGGAAUGAAGAUAUGCGUGUUCUUCCUCAUCCAGAUGGUGCCACUUAUCGUCAAAGUGGGUGACUGGGCUUUGCGAUGGACAGAAGGCAACACCGCAAUCCAGAUCAUUUUCGUCAUGUUGCUGUUCCCUGUCAUAAUGAAUGCGAUACAGUACUACAUCAUCGACAUCUUUAUCAAGAAACCGCUUUCUCCGUCUCAUGAUACUCUGGAAGACGACAGUGAUGUUGGAGAAAACGACAACGACGAUCGCCACGCACUGUUGGCCGGCUUGGAUGAUGACUAUGAAUCAGUAAAUGAGGUCUCUAGAAGGAGUGACGAAAGGAACAUACGCAGUCCCGUGCAGUUUAAAGAAGCCCUGAGUCGAUUAGAUUCUCCUGAGCUAAACCCGGCAGAGUCUUCAGAAUCUGGAUCAGCGCCAACCCUGAACAACCCCGGAGAAUGUGACGAAACAAUUUCUACGAAACCAAAUGCACAAACGAAAAACCCGUGUUGAUAUCAGUUAUGGCGUUUUAUAUCGGGCGUUAGGGGAUCUGAUGACUUUACAAUUCUCCGGUGAUGUGGGGUUAGGUCACUCAUGUGAAUAUUUUGUAAUUAAAUAUAUAUCUCAUAACAUCACCAAGAUUUCCGAAUUAUAUCUCACUGUUA